UUAAUUAAACUAUAAUAAAAAAAAACCACACAGCUAUUGCACUGCGUAGUCACUAAAAUAAAAUACCCCCAGGCUGCAAAAAAGAGAAGAGUCAUAAAAAUCGAUUCUUCAAAGAAGUCAAAAACGGGCGUCGUUGGAGCUCUGCUAUUUUUUUUUUCGCUUAAUUUGCCAAUUUUUAACCUGCGUUUGUGAGUACGAGUUCGUUGAGUUUGUGUCAAAAUUAAUGUGCGUGUGUGUGUGAAUCAACAAUGUUGACAUAUUUGCAAAUCGGGCAGGAUAAUUGUAAUUAACUAAUUUCUAACUAAAUAAAUAUUUCACUAAGCGCGAACGAGUAAAUACAGAGUGUGUGUGUGAAUAGAGAGGGAGAGUGUGACAGAGUGAGCGUUAUAGGGGAACGGGAAUGUAAUAAAAACAAUAACAAAGAAUGAACUGGACUUUUUGUUUUUGGUGUUUGCUGCGUGGCGCUAAUUGAAACGCUCACACAAUUUAUUAGUUCACUCUCUACUUCACUUUACUAUUGCUUUCCGCGUGCGUAUGUGUGAGUGUUUGUGUAUGUGAGUCACCUCUUACUCUGCACCUGCUUAGUAAGGAUUGCGUGCUAAGCGAAAUUCCUGCGAGACCCCCACCCCCCAACUAAAAAAGCUACUCCUCCAGGCCCCCUUUGGAGAGAAUUCCCCAUUGAGGGAAAAACAAAGAAGAUACGCCAAGAACCUGCCUGCUGCCUGCCUUCGCCAUGUCCAGCGAUAAGAUCAAAGUUGCUGUCAGGGUGCGACCCUUUAAUCGUCGUGAAAUCGAAUUGGGUACAAAAUGUAUCGUGGAGAUGGAAAAACAACAGACGAUAUUAAAGAAUCCACCAAGCUUAGAGAAAAUCGAAAGAAAACAACCAAAGACAUUUGCAUUCGAUCAUUGCUUCUACUCGUUAAACGCCGAUGAUGAUGGGUUUGCGUCACAGGAAACGGUCUUCGACUGCCUGGGACGUGAUAUACUGGAUAACGCAUUCCAGGGCUACAAUGCCUGCAUAUUUGCCUAUGGCCAAACAGGUUCGGGUAAAUCAUACACUAUGAUGGGAUCUCAAGAGAGCAAGGGUAUAAUUCCGCGACUCUGUGAUGAACUCUUUUCGGCUAUUGCCAACAAAUCGACGCUGGAGCUGAUGUACAAGGUCGAGGUGUCCUAUAUGGAAAUCUACAAUGAGAAGGUCCACGAUCUGUUGGACCCCAAGCCAAACAAGCAAUCGUUGAAAGUGCGUGAACAUAACGUCAUGGGUCCCUAUGUGGAUGGAUUGUCACAAUUGGCCGUGGCAUCGUACAAGGACAUUGAUAAUCUCAUGACCGAGGGCAACAAGUCGCGUACAGUGGCAGCUACCAAUAUGAAUGCAGAGUCAUCGCGUUCCCAUGCCGUCUUUUCGGUGGUUCUCACCCAGAUUCUUACGGACCAGGCAACAGGAGUGAGCGGAGAGAAGGUGUCACGCAUGUCCCUGGUGGAUUUGGCUGGUUCCGAGCGUGCCGUCAAAACCGGAGCAGUUGGCGAUCGUCUUAAAGAGGGUUCCAACAUCAACAAAUCUCUUACCACUUUGGGUUUGGUCAUUUCGAAACUGGCAGAUCAAUCUAAUGGCAAAAAAGGAGGCAAUGAUAAAUUCGUCCCCUAUCGCGACUCUGUCUUAACCUGGCUACUAAAAGACAAUCUUGGCGGCAAUUCCAAGACGGUAAUGGUGGCCACAAUUUCUCCCUCUGCAGAUAACUACGAGGAGACACUGUCUACUUUACGAUAUGCAGAUCGGGCCAAGCGCAUUGUGAAUCAUGCUGUUGUCAAUGAGGAUCCAAAUGCCCGCAUUAUACGCGAGUUGCGCCACGAGGUGGAGACGCUGAGAAGCAUGCUAAAACAUGCCACAGGAUCUCCAGUGGGCGAUGUUCAGGAUAAGUUGGCCGAAAGCGAGAAUCUAAUGAAGCAAAUCUCACAGACAUGGGAAGAAAAACUGGUAAAAACAGAGCGCAUCCAGAACGAACGUCAACAGGCCCUGGAGAAGAUGGGCAUCAGUGUCCAGGCCAGUGGCAUUAAGGUGGAGAAGAACAAAUACUAUUUGGUCAAUUUGAAUGCAGAUCCCUCGUUGAAUGAGCUGCUGGUCUACUAUCUGAAGGACCGCACACUUAUUGGUGGUCGGAGCAUUAGUGGUCAGCAGCCGGAUAUUCAGCUCUCUGGUCUGGGUAUCCAACCAGAGCAUUGUGUCAUCACCAUCGAGGAGAGUGGAUUGUAUAUGGACCCAGUUCAGGGUGCACGUUGUUUUGUCAAUGGCUCAGCGGCAGUUGAGAAGACUCCCUUGCAGAAUGGCGAUCGAAUCUUGUGGGGCAACCAUCACUUCUUCCGCGUCAAUUCGCCCAAAAUCAAUCAAACGAAUAUAAGCACAUCGGAGCCCCAGACCCCAGCCCAGUUGAUCGAUUAUAAUUUCGCCCGUGAUGAAAUAAUGCAGAAUGAGCUAAGCAACGAUCCCAUCCAGACGGCCAUCGCUCGAUUAGAGCGUCAGCACGAGGAAGAUAAACAGGUGGCCUUGGAGAAGCAGCGUCAGGAGUACGAACGCCAGUUCCAGCAAUUGCGCAAUAUUCUAUCGCCAAGUACUCCAUAUGCGCCAUAUGCUCCCUAUGAUCCUUUGCGCAUGGGCAAGAUUACGCCGAAUACGCCAACGUCGCAAAUGCGUGUAGAGAAAUGGGCACAGGAACGUGAUGAAAUGUUCCGUCGCUCCUUGGGGCAGUUGAAGACCGACAUUAUGCGAGCCAAUUCCCUGGUGCAGGAAGCCAACUUUUUGGCCGAGGAAAUGGAAAAGAAAACCAAAUUCUCUGUGACCCUACAGAUACCGCCGGCCAAUCUCAGUCCAAAUCGUCGCCGCGGCGCGUUUGUCAGUGAGCCAGCGAUCCUUGUAAAGCGCCUUAACUCGGGCAGUCAGAUUUGGACCAUGGAGAAGCUGGAGAACAAGCUUAUCGACAUGCGGGAAAUGUACCAGGAGCACAAGGAGCGUAUUCUGAAUGGCCUGCCCCUUAUAGAGCCGUUCUCAGAUGAUGAAUACGAUGACAAGGACGACGACAAUGCAAAGCCACAGGAUCCGUUCUACGAGUCGCAGGAAAAUCACAAUCUCAUUGGCGUUGCCAACAUAUUCCUCGAAGUACUGUUUCAUGAUGUCAAGUUGGACUACCAUACACCGAUCAUAAGCCAACAGGGUGAGGUGGCAGGCCGGCUUCAGGUGGAAAUUCAACGUGUGGCUGGACAAAUGCCCCAGGAUCGUAUGUGCGAAUCCGUUUCAGAGUCUUCUGGCGACUCACGCGAUGAAUACGACGAUCCGGUCGAUCCCAUGGCAAAUCAGAUCACUUGUCGCGUGACCAUUAAAUGCGCCUCCGGCUUGCCCUUGUCCCUAUCGAACUUCGUCUUUUGCCAGUACACAUUCUGGGGUCAUCAGGAGAUGGUGGUGCCCGUUAUCAAUGCCGAGUCGACAGCCCACGAUCAGAAUAUGGUGUUCAAAUUUGAACAUACCAAAGAUUUCACUGUAAACAUUAACGAAGAGUUCCUCGAGCACUGCAUCGAGGGCGCCCUAUCCAUAGAAGUUUGGGGUCAUCGCAGUGCUGGGUUCUCGAAGACAAAGGGCUGGGAAGUAGAGCAGCAGCAGGCCAAGGCACGAUCACUGGUUGAUCGCUGGGCUGAAUUGUCGCGCAAGAUUGAACUUUGGGUAGAGAUCCACGAGCUUAACGACAGCGGAGAAUAUUCACCUGUGGAGGUGACCAAUCGCAAUGAAGUCCUCACUGGUGGUAUCUAUCAACUUCGUCAGGGUCAACAGCGUCGCGUGAACGUGCGCGUCAAGCCUGUGCAAAAUUCUGGCACUUUGCCCAUCAUAUGUCAGUCGAUUGUUAAUGUGGCCAUUGGCAGUGUGACUGUGCGCUCGAGACUUCAACGACCACUGGACUCGUAUCAGGAGGAGGAUCUCACGGUGCUGCGGGAAAAAUGGAGCGAAGCUCUGGGCCGCCGUCGUCAGUAUCUAGACCAGCAGAUUCAGAUGCUCAUUAAGAAGGAGGAGAAAAACGAGCAGGAGCGAGAGCGAGAGUUAAGCCUGGUCCAUCAGUGGGUGUCGCUAACAGAGGAACGGAAUGCCGUACUGGUGCCGGCUCCGGGAUCGGGUAUACCAGGAGCACCUGCCUCUUGGGAACCACCAUCGGGUAUGGAGCCGCAUGUGCCGGUUCUCUUCCUUAACCUCAAUGGCGACGAUCUGUCCGCUCAGAAUACCAACGAUGAACUUUCCAUAGCGGGCAUCAAUUCCAUUCUUUCCAAAGAGCAUGGCCACAAAUUCUAUACUCUGCAAAUCCUACAGCAUUUGGAGAAGGAUGUGUGCUGUGUGGCCAGCUGGGACUCGUCCAUGCACGACAGCCAAGCCCUCAAUCGGGUCACUGAGGCCAACGAGCGGGUCUAUCUCAUACUGCGUACCACUGUGCGUCUAUCACAUCCUGCCCCCAUGGAUCUCGUCUUGCGCAAACGCCUCAGCAUCAACAUUAAAAAGGGACAAACUCUGACCGAUCGUCUAAAGAAAUUCCGUCUAGUACGCGGCGAAAAUGCCAUCUGGCAGAGUGGAGUGACCUACGAGGUUGUGUCCAACAUACCGAAGGCCUCUGAAGAACUCGAGGAUCGUGAAUCUUUGGCUCAGCUAGCGGCUAGCGGUGACGAUUGCUCGGCCAGUGACGGUGAAACCUAUAUAGAGAAAUACACCCGGGGAGUUUCAGCCGUGGAGAGUAUUCUUACAUUGGAUCGUCUGCGACAGAAUGUGGCUGUUAAGGAGCUAGAAACGGCCCAUGGCCAGCCCCUGUCUAUGCGGAAGACAGUCAGUGUGCCGAACUUCUCGCAGGCGGUCAAAGAUACCACCAAUUCUGGGAGUAUUAUGCGUUUCGAUGCCUCAAUGGAAUCCCUUUUGAACGUGGGCCGAUCCGAGUCCUUUGCCGAUUUAAAUAACACAGCUCUGGCCAAUAAAUUCUCGCCAUCAUCAUCCUCAACGGGCAGCGGCGCGGUAAGGAAUCGCCACAGUUUCGGUGGCAAAGGAAGCUCCGAUGAGUCGCCAGGAAAGGCUUUUGGCAUUGGCACCAUAGCUCUACUGUCAGCGCGUCCAACAUUUUUGAAUCUCAAUUUGAACUUAAACACUUUGAGAAUUGCUCCAACGAAACCAUCGCCGGCCACCAGCAAGCUAUUGGGCAUGCGAAUGACCACACUGCAUGAAGAGCCAUUGGGUGGACACCGAUCGCUAGACGAGGAGCCCGAGGAUAGCUACUCGGACUCGGAAUAUGCCGCCGAAUAUGAGCAGGAAAGGCAGCAACACAAGACCCUGGCCAACAGAUCCCGUUUGACGGCAUCCAAGACAAUGGACUCGUUUAUGGAUGUCAGCAGUCACUCCAAUCAGAGCUAUUUGAGUUACACAUCCAGCGCCAAUGCCAAUAUGAAGCAUCUGACUGGCUUGGCCACUCUCAGCAUGAGCUCUUCGACGAGCAGUGGGUACGGAUCACAGGCGGUGUCUUGCAAUAAUCUAAGCAACGAGGACAUUGCUUCAAUGCGUUCGAUGAGCAUUGAUGAGACUCCUGACUUUGAUCGGGUUAAUUCAAAUUCACCACCAAAUCGACAGGCACGAGUAAAUCCGUUCCUUAAGGACAUGCCCAAAGUGAAACCAGUAGAGUCAAAGCCUCCAAAGAAGUUGGAGGAAACUGUGAGUCAUCCACUGGAGCAACAAAAGGAAAAUGCACAAAGCGAUGAAGAGGAAUGCGAACCUUUACCAAGCAAUAAUAAUAAUAACAACAACAACAACAACAACGAGAGUCUUAAGCAUAUGCCAAAUGAGGAAGAUCCUGAAGCGGAACCUCAUCCACAUCCCGAUCUUGCCACAGACAAUCAGAAUGGCAACAAAUCGCAGGACGAGGCGCCGGAAGAAAAUCUUGCCGAGCAAGAGCAACACCAACAACAGUCAGAACUGGAAGGCGAUGGCAUUGUAACUGAACAGUUGCCCCCAGGCAAGGUAGUGAGACGAAAAAAGUCAAAUACACAGCCACCAACGAGCAACAAUAACAACAGCAGCAACAGUUCCACGACAAACACGUCUGUCCAGGUGACACGCAACCAUCAUCGAGCGUCUGUGGCUAAAAUGGAGGGUUUGGCAGCUUACAUGGAUACUAGCAUCAUGUCCAGCAGCACAGAAAUAGAAGAUGAUGGCAAAGAGGUGGAUCUAACGCUGCCGGAGUGGAUAGUCGUGGGUGAAUCGGUACUCAUUCGGCCGUAUAAUACGAGUGGUGUCAUUAGCUUUAUUGGCACCACACAUUUCCAGCCCGGUGCCUGGAUAGGUGUCGAGCUAGACACACCCACUGGUAAGAACGAUGGCACUGUCCAAGGUAUACAGUAUUUCCAGUGCAAGCCCAAGCAUGGAAUCUUUGUCCGAGCCGAUAAGUUGCUGUUGGACAAGCGUGGCAAGGCAAUGCGAGCCUACAAGGCAGCUGAGAAGAGUCAAAUUAUAAGCAAAGAGAUGAGCAGCUCGAUGACGCGCUCCAAGAGCCGCGGCGAGUCCCUAAACGUGUCGUCGCGCAAAUGAUUAUACCCAAAAUGUUCGCAUCAGAUGCAGCGUUGGACUAAUUGCAGGCAAUCGACGCUUGUCACCAGCGUGGCCCCCACACCAACUGUGGCUGCGCCAGCGACCUGCCACAGAUUGCGUGCAACCAGUAGCGCUGCAGAUGCGAACAGUCAAUAUGGCAAAAAGUGCUAUGCCAAUCGACGCUCGACGGCCUUUUAAGACCGUCUUCCCCUCCAACGACUACGAUAAAGAAAUAAUGAUGAUACGAUACGAUGACGAUGGCGAUGAUUGAAGGGCAUCGCAUCCAGCAACGAACAAUGCGGAGCAUAAUUCUCCACAUAGGAAUCAUAUGCUAGCUUAUUACUUAACUACUCGCCACAAUCCUCCCCACAUGCCGCAACUCUAAUGCAUGCGCGUACACUUUUAACCUCACGCUUCUUCUUUAAGUAGUAGUUUAUGGCGGUGGCUACAGCAGCAGAACAAAUAACUAAUUAAUCUAGCAUUAAACUGAAGCAAAAACAAUACCUUAAAGUGUGUCCUAUCUGAAGAGUAUAAGGACAUGCUAACGAUGAUGAUGAUGAUGAUAAUGAUAAAUGAGAAAUUACUAGCCACGUUUUCUUGAACAUGAUCUUAGUAGCCUAUCUUAUAUAUCUCUGUGUAAUAUGUAUGUGUAAUAUUUUUCAAAU